CGCUCGCCGGUUGGCGUAGUCAGCCUCUUUGAGAAUUGCUUUGAGCGUGUUCGCUGCCGAGGUGGUGGCCUUCGACGAGCGCCAUGGCGGCGCUGCGGCCCUCGAUGCAGGCCAUCUCGACGGAGCCGCCCACGCCGCUGCACCUCGCGUACACCGAGAAGCUCAACGCGUACAUGGAGCAGGCGGUGCCGCAAGAGUCCAAGGACCGUCAGCAGAAGCGGAUCGCAAUCCUGUCGGACCUGACUUCGACCUUCAAGCAGUGGGUCCACUCGGUCUGCCUCGCCAAGGGCCUGGCGCAGCCGGUCGCCGAGGCGGCGGGCGGCGCUCUCUUCACGUCCGGCUCGUACCGGCUCGGCCUCAACGAGGUGGGGAUGGACAUUGACGCCGUCUGCGUCGCGCCGCGCAUGGUGACGCGCGACGAUUUCUUCGAGACGCUCAAGGUGAUUCUCGAGGACCACGAGUCGAUCCACAACCUCGUCGCGAUUGCCGGCGCGGCGGUGCCCAUCAUCACGUUCGACUACGGCGACAUCAACAUCGACCUGAUGUUUGCGCAGCUGCCCGUCGAUUCGGUGCCUCCUACCAUCGACAUCAACGCGGACUCGGUGCUGCAGGGCCUCGACACGGGCACGCAGCGCUCGCUCAACGGGCCGCGCGUCACCAACCUGAUCGAGCGGCUCGUGCCGCAGUUCGACGCCUUCCGGCAGCUGCUGCGCUGCAUCCGGCUGUGGGCUAAGCGGCGCGGCAUCUACUCGAACAAGAUGAGCUACUUGGGCGGGAUCAACUGCAACCUGCUCUGCGCCUUCCUCUGCCAGCUCUACCCGAAGGCGUGUGCCUCCCUGCUGCUCGAGCGCUUCUUCUUCAUCCUCAAGGACUGGAACUGGCCCACGCCAAUCAUGCUCACGCCGCCGCCGCCGCCGCACCGCGUGACGACUUUGACGCCGGAGUGGGCGACGCGGCGGCGGGCGACGUGGCGGCGGGCGCGGCCAAGCGGCCGCUCGAGGCUGGGGCCGAUGAGGCGCCGCCCAGCAAGGCGCAGGCCUUGGCCGCGCCUCCGGAGGACCCGCGCAUGAAGAGCGCCGUGCAGGACGACCCGCGGCUGGCGGCAUGGGGAGGCGGCGCGUGAGAAACGAGAGCGAAAAGCGCGAGUCCUUCCGGCCGCAGACCGGUUUGCGUCGCGACCCACGAGUUGGGAAGCUUUUAUUGAGUUUUUCCGCACUGAAAGAUAGAUAGAUACUAAA